GUCGGCGCCGGUACCGGUGGCACCACCAGAGCCGCAUUUCGUGCAAUCGGAGAGUACGCGAAACAACGAGGUUCCGUAGCAGAUCGGGUUCACUAUACAUAUACCGACAUCUCGGCCGGCUUCUUCAAAGAAGCAAAGGCGCGAUUCAAAGACUUCGCCUCAAUGAUGACAUUCCAGAAACUGGACAUGGAGACACUGCCAUCGAAACAAAACUUCAAGGUCGGAACCUACGACCUAAUAAUCGCGAGCCAGUGUUUGCACGCCACGAAGAACAUGACGCGCACGAUGGAGCACGCUCGCGAGUUACUAAGGCCAGGCGGAAAGGUG